CCUGGGGAAUGACCCCUCGAUCUCCAACCGGCGCCUUCCGCGGCUGCAGGGCUGUCUCAAGCCAUCUCUGCCUCUGUUCCCUGCCCUGGCUCUGUCCCUCUCUAGCCUCACCCUUCCCUGUGCCACAUGGGCCCUCUGUCUCCUACCAGGAUGAUGCGGCUCUGGGGGCCUCGGAGCCUGGGGGUGGCUCUGGGAGUCUUCAUGACCAUCGGAUUUGCCCUCCAGUUCUGGGGGGGGCCCUUCCAGAGGAGGUACUUCAGGUCAUGCCUUCUGACAGCUUCUUCUUUUCCAUUGUCCGAGACCCCGCUGCUCUGGCCCGUUCUGCCUUCUCCUACUAUAAAUCCACCUCAUCGGCCUUUCGCAAGUCACCAUCCUUGGCUGCCUUCCUGGCCAAUCCUCGAGCCUUCUACCGGCCUGGGGCCCGUGGGGACCACUACGCCCGCAACUUAUUAUGGUUUGACUUUGGCCUCCCCUUUCCUCCAGAGAUGAGGGCCAAGAAAGGGAAUCCUCUUCCCCCCAGAAACCCCAACCCCCCACAGAUGCAUAUCUUGCCUUCUGGUGCUGGCCCUCGAGCCCAAGCCCUAGAUCCCAAUGCUCUCUUCCAUCCUGUUUCCACUGUUGUUCAUGGUCACAUCCAGACAGCCAGCCCUGCCUCUUUAGAUUUGGGGUCUUCGUCCUUCGUCCAGUGGAGCCUGGCCUGGCUGGACUCUGUCUUUGACCUGGUCUUGGUGGCUGAGUACUUUGAUGAGUCAUUAGUUCUGCUGGCAGAUGCCUUGUGCUGGGAUCUGGAUGAUGUGGUGGGCUUCAUGCACAACGCCCAGGCUGGAGGCGAGCAGGGCCUCAGCUCUGUGGACAAUGGCAGACUGACUGCUGAGGAUCGGCAGCUGAACGCACGGGCUCGGGCCUGGAACAACCUGGACUGGGCUCUCUAUGUUCACUUCAACCGCAGUCUGUGGGCUCGGAUAGAGCAAUAUGGCCAGAGACGGCUGGAGAGAGCUGUGGCCGAGCUCCGGGCUCGCCGAGAGGCCCUGGCCAAACAUUGUCUGGUAGGGGGUGAGGCUUUAGACCCCAAAUACAUCACUGACCGUCGGUUCCGCCCCUUCCAGUUUGGGUCAGCUAAGGUUUUGGGCUAUGUACUUCGAAGUGGACUGAGCCCCCAAGACCAGGAGGAGUGUGAGCGCCUGGCUACCCCUGAGCUACAAUACAAGGACAAGCUGGAUGCCAAGCAAUUCCCCCCUACAGCCCCACUGCCCCUCAAGACUUCACAGCUGCUCUCUCCAUAGGCAUCAGACUCUAGAUUUAGGCCAAAGAACAGCUAAGUUACAAGGGCACAUGUGAUGAGUAUGGGUCAGCUAGAUGCCAUUCUGCUUCCCUCAGAAGGGA